ACUAGUCUUGAAGAUAACAGUUUUCCUUGAGAGGAGAAAAUGGCUGCCCUGUGAGCGUGUGGAACAUCAACAAGAAGUAAUACCACGAAGUUUCUGUCUCUUAUGUGGGGACGUUUUAAUCUCUUGGGAACAGAGCAUAUUUAGUAACCAUGACAACAGCUGCCAGACCUACAUGGGAUACGGCCCGUGGUGGACGGGGUAAAGGUGAAGGUGACCUGAGUGCUUUGUCUAAGCAGUACUCUAGUCGAGAUUUACCAUCUCACACCAAGCUUAAGUACAGACAAGAAGGUCAAGGAACUACAGAGGAAACAAGCAGGCGUGACUUCCGCCGUGAACUCGAUGACAGAGAGCGAUCUGCCCGGGAAAAGAGAGACAGGAACAGGGAAUCAUCCAGCAGCAGCAAGCGUCCUCGUCUGGAGCAGAUUCCUGCCGCCAACUUAGAUGCUGACGAUCCAGUGGAUGAUGAAGAUGAUGAUGAUGAUUCUGAUGAUGAAGACGACACAGCAGAACUUCUGGCAGAAUUGAACAAAAUCAAGAAGGAGAGAGCAACAGAGAGGGCCAAGAUGGAAUCUGAACGUAAACAGGAGGAGGAAAGAAUCCGAACAGAGAACAUUCUCCGUGGAAAUCCCCUCAUUAAUAAAGAUGGAGAAAAACCUGUAGCAGAUUUUAAAGUAAAAAGAAGGUGGGAUGAUGACGUGGUCUUCAAGAACUGUGCCAAAGGGGAAGAGGAACGCAAGACGAGGGGCUUUGUCAAUGACACACUCAGAUCAGAGUUUCAUAAAAAGUUUAUGGAGAAAUAUGUGAAAUAACAGACUGUGUUACAAACUUGGAUAAAGACUUGUGUUGCAACACUUUACAUGGCUGAUGAAACAAGAAAUGUCGCUCAUCUCGGUAUUGCUGUUGUGAAAUGUGGUUACGAUGUUAGUUGUCUGCAGACAAAGCAACCUGUUGGUACUGUUUUCCUGAUGAGGGUGAUGAGUGGACAAAAGGAAAUUCAAACCAGAUCCCUGGCAAAUCAAAACCCGUGUUUGUGGUGUUUGCAAACAGCCAUGUUUCCCUGUCCAGGGGAGAUAAUCCGUACCUUGUCAUUUCUAUCCGAAGGUUACUGUAAACAUGUCGCCACCAGCGGAGGGGAGUGGCUGGGUGUCUUGAGUAUCGUCUUCUCAAUAUUUUCAUUUCAUCUCUUAGAGGACGAUGGUAUUGGGGGCAGUGGUGUAGUCUGGUAGUUGAGGCGUUUGCUCGUCAUGCCUUUGAGCCAGGUUUGAGUCCCCACAUGGGUACAAUGUGUGAAGACCAUUUCUGGUGUUCCCCGCCGUGACAUUGCUGGAAUAUUUUGCAUAAAGCAGCAUAAAACUAAACUCACUCACUCACUCACAGUGAUAUUGACAUGUGUACUCAGUUACGCAUCAGAAUUUGUUUCACUCUCUGACUGAUAGGAUCGAAAAUGUCUAUACAGAUAUGUUUUUCAUACCUCUGUUUUCACCAUGUCACAUAACUAUCAAAGAAUCAUCAAUGAAAAUGUCAUAUUGUUUUUAGGGUAGUAUAUGUACAUUUACUUACACAUAUUACAAUGCUAUUAAUGUACUAGUGUCUGUGGAAGGUCUGAACUUGAGCGCGAGUACAUGCUGUUGAUGAAUAUUUAGUUUACUGUGUCUUCAAUGUCGCUAGGAUCAUCUGUGUCAAAUAAAUAAAGUAAAAAC